AUGUCCUUGGGUACAAAUAUUCAUGAGUCCAAACGACCGUGGGUGCAAAAGUAUACAGCUUUUCCCGAAGAUUGCACGAAAGUUAUUCAAAGCUAUGCAAAAAUUCAGAACACCACCGGUGGAGUCUUUGAUAUCUAUCCAGAGUCGAGAGACAAACCGUUCGAAGUUUACUGCGAUCUUGAAACAGAUGGAGGCGGGUGGAUCGUUUUUCAAAGACGAAUGGAUGGAAUAGAAGACUUUUACAGAGGAUGGAAUGACUAUGUUAAUGGAUUUGGAGAAAAAGAUAAAGAAAUGUGGUUAGGGCUAGAAACCAUUUACCAGUUGACUAAGGACGGAAAUUACGAACUCAGAGUGGAUUUGAAAAACGUUUCUGGAGAUUCAGCCUAUGCUAAAUAUGAGACGUUCUCUAUCGCAUCUGCAAGCGAUAAUUAUUGUUAAGUCGGUGGAUAUUCGGGGACAGCCGGAGAUUCAAUGACAUAUAGUAAUGGAAUGCAGUUCACUACAAAAGAUUCCGAUAAUGACUAUAAGUCGACUCACAACUGUGCAAUGGAUACCGCAGGGGCUUGGUGGCAUAGGAAUUGUAAUUACGCAAAUCUCAACGGUGUCUAUCAUCAAGAUGGACGAAAUGAUCCUCAAGGAAUUAGGUGGCUUCACUGGAAACAACUUCAAACACUAACGUUCACAGAAAUGAAGUUUAGAAAGAAAAAGUAAAUUAAAAACAGGAGGUAUAUUCAUUUGACUGACACAGACAGUCCCCGAACUCGUAAUAGAACUAAAAUAUAGAAAAUACGAUUAAAAUUAUGCCCCAACCCUACCUAACCUGGUACGCACACUAUGAGAGUACCGAUUUGACAACCCAAAGAGUUUCAAAUCUUAUGAAGUUUUAAUAUUAUUACACAUAGCUUUUAUGGGGGAACCGAUAUGCUUUCCCUUCUUAAUUUCAGACGCCGGAAAAAAUUUCAUUACAAUUGAUUAGUGAUAGAAAACGAAUUCUCAAUGAUGAAUUUGCCUCAAUGAAUAAUAAACUUUGAUCGCAGUCUAGGAAGAAUUGUUGUUCAAUUAUAUACCAAUAUAUUCUUUUUCUAUAUGAAAUUUUACCAAUAUAUUCUUUUUAAUUUAUGUAAUGGAAUAUAUUUUAAUCAUUUUCUUGCUCGAAGCCAGGUAAAAUAAACUUAAAAUUUAUGUAUUUAGCAGUUUUUCUUUUUAACUAUGUAAUAAGAAAGCAAAACAGUUUACACUAUAUUUAUGCCAAAACAUCUUUCAAUUCUUUCAACGCACUCUGGCUAUUUGACAAUAUAUGCCAGUGGCUCCUAGACCCUUAGAUAUCGCUAUCCCUAACUCGAAUAACCAGAUCAGCCCAAUUUCCCAUUUAAUAACAAAUACAGUUCUUAGACCAAAAACAGCGAAAAUACUAACACCCAUUGCGUCUUCCGAUCCGACUUCAAAAUGAUAAACCUGCAAUAGCUCAGCAUUUUAGCCUACAAUCUGUACGGAGAAGUAUUGGUUUUAUAUGCAAGUCCAGCUUUUUCGCAGACUAGUCAAAAGUUUGGGGAUUACAAAAAAAUUGUUAACACAAUGAACGUCUGGAUUAACGCCUAAAAAUUGCCAAAUUACCCCAUUGGAGGUAAUAAUUACCCGCAGCUUGAGAACCACUGCUAUACACGAAGUUGCUUCACAAAACUCCUUUUCGUGAUUUAUUACUUAUCGAUCUGAAGAUC